AUGAAAUCCCACGGGUCCUCCAUCCCGCCCAAGCGGCUCAUCGCCGCCUACAUCUUCGACUGGUUCGCGAUCAUCGUCCUGGCCGCCAUUGGCGCUGGCCUCAGUCGGGUAUCGCCGCAACACCGCGCCUUCUCCCUCGUCGACCUCACCAUCUCCUUCCCAUAUGUCCUGGAGACCAUCUCGACCCUCACCCUCGCCUUGGUCGCCCUGGUCGGGCCCGCCGUCAUCAUCGCCGUCGUCACCUUGGUCUUCGUCCCCGGCCCGCGCUUCUCGCGCAGCAUCAACCGGUCCCAGUUGAUCCGUCUGAAGCUGUGGGAGCUUGAAAAAGGAUUGGCCGGGUUGUGUCUGUCGGUCGCGGUCGCCUUCUUCGUCACGCAGGGCACCAAGAACCUCUUCGGCAAGCCGCGACCCGAUCUCCUCGCUCGAUGCGACCCCGACUACGCCAACAUCGCCGCGCACGCCGUCAGCAACUACGCCGCCGCGUUCAACGAGCGAUGGGUUCUCGUGACAUCGAGCAUUUGUCAACAAAAGGAUAAGAGGCUUCUAGAUGAUGGCUUCCGAUCGUUCCCGAGCGGUCACUCGUCGUUCUCGUGGUCGGGUCUCCUCUACCUUUCCCUGUUCCUCUGCUCCAAGUUCCAAAUCACCAUCCCCUACCUGCCCGGCUCCGCAUCGGGCCCCGAUCACUUCCCGGCGCCCGACUCGCAUGUGUCCACUCAGCCAUCGACCAAAACCCAGAUGGCCUACGACGGCGCCAACACCACCGCCCACGACGAAGAGCACCUCCACUCGCCCGCCACGACCGCCGUCGGCGAACCCUCCUCGCCCACCACCCGGACCUUCACCAUCCAGAACUCCGCCGCCACCCCGCCGAACUACCUCCUGAUCAUCGUCAUCAUCCCGCUCGCCGUGGCCGUCUACAUCGUCUCCACCCGCUUCGUGGAGUACUACCACUUCGGCUUCGACGUCCUCUCCGGCUCGCUGAUCGGCAUCGUCUCCUCGUGGGGCGCCUUCCGCUGGUACCAUCUCCCCAUCUCCCGCGGCCACGGCUGGGCCUGGGGCCCCCGGAGCGCGAACCGCGCCUUCGCCAUCGGCGUCGGCACGGACGGAUACAGCCAGAACGCCAACACCGCGAACCCGACGGCGAGGACCCCGCUCGCGCCCACCGACGCCGCCAGGUUCGUGCUGCUGGGCGCGGGCGCCGUCGCCGCCGUCGUUCCGGCGCCGCCGGUGCCGUCCGCCGACCGGACGGGCGUCGGGCCCAGCGCCACGGGGACGCCGUCCGUCCGCAACACGGCGUAG